AUGGCAGCGGCGAAGCCGCGGUCUGCUCGAUCGACGUCUCUCAAUUCUUCCGAGUCCGAGAAGUUGGAAGGCACCGGCAGCUGGGACGCUCUUGAAUGGACCAAAAUUGAGCCGGUUUCGCGGUCGGUUACUCAUGUGAACUUGGAUUGUUUGCUGGAAGCGGAGGUGGUCAUAGUUGAGGGAUAUGGUGUUGUUCUUGUUAAUACGGAUGAGGCUGGAACCUUGUUAGUUACUAACUUUCGUCUUCUCUUUCUGAGUGAAGGAACCAGAGAUAUCAUCCCACUUGGUACAAUUCCUUUGGCAACUAUUGAGAAGUUCAACAAAAUGGUCGUGAAGGUGCAAUCAACUGCUCGUCAAACUGACAAGACUCCAUCACAACGGCUUCUCCAGAUAGUUGGAAAAGAUAUGAGGGUUAUUGUCUUUGGUUUUCGCCCUCGAACAAAGCAGAGGCGCGCUGUGUUUGAUGCAUUACUGAGGUGCACAAAGCCACUUAGAAUCUGGGACCUCUACGCUUUUACUUCUGGGGCUUCCAGAUUCCAUAAUACAAACCCAAAAGUGCGGUUGUUGAAUGAGUAUUUUCGUCUUAUCGGAAGAACGUCAAAACGAGCAUCGAUAAAUAUGAUUGAAGACGGGGUAUUUACAUUGUCUAAUGAGUUAUGGAGGAUAAGUGAUAUAAAUGCCAACUAUUCCUUGUGUUCGACUUACCCAUUUGCUUUGAUUCUUCCAAAAUGUAUUAGCGAUGAAGAAGUGAUUCAGGCCUCCACUUUUCGGGCAAGGUGUCGCUUGCCUGUAGUCUCUUGGUGUCAUCCUGGAACUGGAGCAGUGCUCGCACGUUCAUCCCAGCCUUUAGUUGGUCUGAUGAUGAAUAUGAGGAGCAAUGCUGAUGAGAAGAUUGUUGCGGCAUUUUGUGCUAAACUAGGUGGUGGAAAGGGGGAACGGAG